UAAUACCUAUAAGACAUGAUGCUUUUUGAGCCAGAUGUGAAAACAGAAAAGGCAACAUUUGCCCUAUCAUGAUUUUGGUUCCCUGAGGCACAGUUUGGAUGUGCCUCAGGGGUUAUAAGGACACGUGUGGGUUAUACUGGUGGACAGAAAUCCAACCCAACGUACCAUAGCCUGGGAGAUCACACUGAAACUGUUGAAGUCGAAUAUGACCCAGAAGCUACCACAUAUGAGGAGCUUUUAGAAAUAUUUUGGUCAAAUCAUAAUCCACUGCAGAACCACUCCAAGCAAUACAUGUGUGCUGUUUUCUAUCACAACAAGGAACAAAAAGAGCUUGCAGAAAAAACGCUUGGGUAUAUGCAACAAGGCCAUUCAAAACCAAUUACCACACAAAUCCUGGAGGCAUCAACUUUCUAUGAAGCUGAGAACUACCACCAGAAGUACCUCCUUCAGAAACAUCCUGCCUUGUGUAAAAAUCUUGGACUUGAAGGGGCAAAGCUUAUUCAGUCUCACGUUGCUGCUCGCCUGAAUGGUUAUGUUGGUGGUCAUGGUAAUGCAGCUGACUUCGAAAAGGAAUGGCCACAAUGGGGUAUCAGUGUUGACAUUGCUAAGUACCUUCGUCCAUUUCUGAGGUUGCAUCAUGGUUGUGAUUGUUAAAAAAAAUUUUGUUUUUUGACAAAAUUUUAUAAGCGAAAUGAGCUAUUUUCUUCUGUGACCCAUUCAUUCAGCACCUGUGUAUGAAGUUCUGUGAUCUAUUCAGCUCAUCUGAUAUCACAUAACAGAAGUAUUUGUCAGGUCUUGCUGUAGAAUGGGCAAGAAGAAAGUUGACAUUUUUUACCAAAAAAACUCCAUGAAACUCUUCUUUUUAACCCUAAUUUUUACAAAGUACAUGGUAAAUAGAUUAAUUUAUUCAAAUAGUUUGGCAGUGUAAAAUUAUUUCCACAAAAAUAGUUUAUUCAAUAGCAUAUACUACAAACUAAUAAUAUAACAAAGAUAAUGCUGUCUAACAUUGUAAAUUUUGCAAUAUUAUGAUAAAAUUUUUAAGUUAUGUAUAAUACAUGUAUAAUGAAACAAUUUAACAAUUUAUUAUGUAAAGUUAAUAUUUUAUGCAUAUUACUCCAUGAAAUAUAAUUUUUCUCACUUUAAGUAUUCUGAUUAUAAACAAGUAAUAAAAUAUUUGUUUUAAA